CGCACGUAUACCGAAGUUUGUGCGGUGUCGCAAAGAAGACGAACGGGGCAUGCUUUUUUCAGCUAUACAGCACUUCUUCGAUCUAAAACGUCCUCUAGCCAUUGGCGAAUUGGUUCCACCGCGUAUCAAGCUUUUGGGCAAACCUGCGGACAACAUGGCUGUACAUGGAUC